GAGGAUGAUAGGCAUCUUUGGCUAAAUACUCCACUCUUGUGCUUUGGUAUCUCUUUGUAUCAUUCCAACUCCAAUAGAGACAGACAGAGAGCAUGGGGAGAGCACCUUGUUGCGAAAAGAUGGGUUUAAAGAAAGGGCCAUGGAGUGAUGAAGAAGAUCAAAUCCUGAUUUCAUACAUACGACAACACGGCCAUCCGAAUUGGCGUGCUCUUCCGAAACGUGCAGGUUUGUUAAGAUGCGGAAAGAGUUGUAGACUUCGUUGGACCAACUAUUUACGUCCAGAUAUUAAAAGAGGAAACUUCACGAAAGAGGAAGAGGACACAAUCAUUCAUCUACAUGAAAUGCUUGGAAACAGAUGGUCCGUAAUCGCCAUGAAGUUACCUGGCCGAACUGAUAACGAGAUAAAGAAUAUUUGGCACACUCACUUGAAAAAGAGACUUGCAAGUCACCAAACAACCACCCAUGACACUAAUAGACGUCACAUGAAAUCUAAAUGUGCUUCGAAGGCUCAAUCCCUUGUAGAACCGGUUGUUUCUCAAUGUCUUGUCCAACCAAAGCAUAUAUCUCUCAAUGAGGAACGAUGUAUCUCCAAUCAACCGUCGUCUAGAGAGUCUUCAUCAGUCACGGAUGAAACAACAACAGACUCAUAUGGUGUAGCCAAACAUGAAGAAAUCGACCAUGACACGUUUCUUGAUGAUAGUUUCUGGUCAGAAACGUUGUCCUACAAGGAAGACAACAUCAUGGAGUCCGAUUCGUUAACAAACAUAAUAGGUAUUGAGCAUCCGGCAACUUCGCUCACUUUGAUGGAAACCACAGACACUAGGAAUCCGAAUACAUGUUGCGACGCAUAUGGCAUGGACAUGUGGAAUGACAUUUUUACACACAUUGAGGAAUUACCCGAGUUACCCGAAUUUUAGGUUAGAUAUCCAUUUGUACCGUCGAUGAGAUCAAAAGAUUAGUCACAAUAAUGUAGCUUGGCAUUUCUUACAAUAUUAUAACUAAUAGUUUUAGAUGGAGUUUGUUUACAAAAUGUUUUUGACAGAAUUAAAUUUCAUCAAAUGUUUUGGAAA